AUGUCCAUGGAUAUAACUUUUCUGGGAACAGGCUCAGCAUAUCCAUCUCCAACAAGAGGAGCUUCAGCUUUAGUCAUUCGUAGUGAAGGAGAAUGCUGGCUAUUUGAUUGUGGAGAGGGAACUCAAACACAAUUUAUGAAAAGCCAUCUUAAAGCAGGUAGAAUUACUAAGAUAUUCAUAACUCAUCUUCAUGGGGACCAUUUUUUUGGUCUUCCUGGUCUCCUGUGCACAAUUAGUCUUCAGAGUAGUUCUACUACAAGCAAGCAACCUGUUGAUAUCUAUGGACCAUUAGGACUACGAAACUUCAUUCAGAGAACUCUGGAACUCUCCCACUCACAACUUCUCUUUCCAUAUGUGGUUCAUGAACUGGUACCUACACCAGAUCAGUGCCCUGCAGAAGAAUUUAAAGAACUAUCUUACGUUGACAGAGAUGAAGUCUCUUCCAAAGAAGUGCAAGGGAGAACGCUUCAUCUGGAUCCUGUAGAAAACUCCUACACACUGGUCAACAAUCAGCAAUUUGUUAUGAAAGCAUUUCGAUUAUUUCACCGUAUUCCUUCCUUUGGAUUUUUAGUGGAGGAGAAGCAGCGGACUGGUAAACUCAAUGCACAGAAGCUAAAAGACCUUGGAGUUCAGCCAGGCCCUAUAUAUGGGAAACUGAAGAAUGGUGUUACGGUUGUCUUAGAAAAUGGAGUAACCAUUUCUCCUUCAGAUGUCUUGGAGGAGCCUAUUCCUGGAAGAAAAAUUUGUAUUUUAGGUGACUGUUCAGGUGUGGUUGGAGAUGGAGCAAAGAAACUGUGUUACGAAGCAGAUCUGUUAGUUCAUGAAGCCACACUGGAUGAUGCCCAAGUGGACAAAGCCAAAGAGCAUGGUCAUAGCACUCCAAAAAUGGCAGCUGAGUUUGCAAAGUUGUGUAAAGUUAAGAAACUGGUUCUGACUCACUUCAGUCAAAGGUAUAAACCAGCUGGUCAAAUUGGAGAAGGAGAUAUUGAUGUCACGGAACUGAAGAGACAAGCAGAAUCAGCGUUAAAUGGUCAAGAAGUAACUUUAGCUGAGGAUUUUAUGACGAUAGAAAUUCCAGGGAAAAAGCGGAAGUAG